CUCGGGAGACAUGGAUGAGGAGUUCGCAAGGACAGUUUGCUGGCAUCGUGGAGAUCCCCCCCCCGCAGGGCCACCUCCACAUGAACGGCCACCUCCCCCCCCACCACGCCUCCAACGGCCACCUCCACAACGGCGCCAUGAACGGCCACGCCCACCCGACCCUCAACGGCCACCACACCAACGGCCACCCCGCCCAGGCGAACGGCCACGCCCCCCACAUGAACGGCCACGCCCCUCACCACGAGCAGGCCAACAACCACACCAACCAGAACAACCAGAAUAACCAAAACAACCGGAACGGCGGCCUGGUGGACGACAACCAGGCCAACGACGCGCACGAGCGGCGGGACGACCCCCGCAAGGACGACAAGUGGGGCUCGCUCACGCGCGGCCUCGCGGCCUGGAAGUACCACAACCUCAAGGAGAAGAUCUCGCACAAGUUCUCCCGCGGCGACAAGCCCGACGAGCGCGCCGGCGCCGCGCAGGCCGACGGCAAGCACGGCCCGCACGCCGCGGCGCCCGCCGGCGGCGCCAAGAACAACGCGGAGAACGGCGGCGGCGCCCAGCAGGAGCAGGCGGCCCUGCAGGCGGGGAGACGAUGGAGACGAGCCUGA